AUGACACCCGUUCCCCGGAUCAUAGUCGUUCGCGGUGAAUAUUCCCCGUCGCCCGUCAGUAUCUUCCCUCUCAGCGUGAUGGCUUCCUGUACGCGCUGGGCCUGGCUCUUGGGGGUUACCGUCUUGCUUCUCGCGCUCGCUACACCCGGCACCGCCCAUCGCAAGAAGAGACCCGACACGUUAGCACCACCGCUGGCUCCAAUACCGAGGCCAUCCGUAGCUCCAACACCGCUACCGAGGCCGCCUCCAGCACCUGUGCCAAAAGUACCACCGGCUCCCAAAUCGAAGCCGAAGCCAACGGUAGCUCCAACGUCCAUACCGAGAGCGCCCCCUGCACCUGUGCCAAUCGUACUGCCAUCGCCUAAACCGAAGCCAAAGCCCGAGUUUACAGAAGAAGAGAUUAAUAAUGGAACGGCAUUGGCGAAGUUGAAUAAAAGGGCCCUCGAGAAUGCGCGGAGAAUCAAUGUCCCACAAAAACAUCCUAUAUCCAACAUGACUACCAAUGGCACAAGGUUGUGUCAAGGAGAUGGAGUGCUGAUUAGAAAAGAAUGGCGGAAGUUGACUGUAACGGAGAGGAAAUCCUUCAUUACUGCCGUCCAAUGCAUUAUGAAUGAGCCGGUGAUAUCAGAUCCCAAGAGAGUACCAAUGGCAAAGUCCCUAUAUGACGACUUUGUAGCCGUUCACUACACCAGCUUUCGCAACACGCAUCUUACAGCCUCCUUUUUUGCCUGGCAUCGUUAUUACUUGGCAAGCUUCGAGCAAAGACUGCGCACGCAAUGCAGAUACAAAGGCGCUCUUCCAUACUGGGAAUGGGGCCUCGAUGUCAAUGACCCGGCCGCGUCACCGGUCUUCGACGGCACCGAAUUCUCCCUGGGAAGCGACGGCGAGUUCAUACCUCACGAUGGCCUUCAACUACGCCGGCCCUUCUCGAACACCACUAUCAAACUCCAACCCGGAUCCGGAGGCGGUUGCAUCAAGUCAGGCCCCUUUCAGAACAUGCGGGUACACAUUGGCCCCGCCGAACUCGCGCAAUAUGGUACAACAAAGCCCUUCAACGUCACAGAUCCCCUCCAAGAUCUGCCGAGAUGCCUAAAGCGGGACCUGAACAAGGACGUAGCCAUGAGGUUCAACUCCUUUAGAAACACAACGACCCUCAUCCUCGACCAGACCAACAUCAAGAACUUUUCAUCGCUGUUGCAGGGAGACGAUCGAUUCUUCCCUAAUACAUUAGGCAUCCACGGCGGCGGUCAUUUUAUUAUCGGCGGGGACCCCGGAGCAGACAAUCUCAUUGCGCCCGGCGACCCGGCAUUCUGGGUCCACCAAGCCCAGGUCGACCGCGUGUACUGGAUCUGGCAGAAUCUAGACUUUAAGAAUCGGCAGGGCGUGUUUGGCACGAUGACGCCCCAAGAUAACCCCAAGAGUCCCGAGGGUAGCGUCGAUGAUGAUGUUGAUCUCACGCCCGUCAACACUCCGGUGAAAAUUAGAAACUUGAUGAAUACGGUUUCCGGGGCACCGCUUUGUUACAUAUAUGAGUAG